GCGGGUGGAAGCCAUGGACGUCAAUCAGUCCAAGCAGGAGCACUUGCUGGCUCUGAAAGGUCCUGUUUUCCACUGAUCUUUGCGUCAAGGAAAAGGAAAGGGCAAGGACAUUCUAGUAAAUAAGAUGUUUCAGUCUAGAUUUGAGAAUCCUAAUCAAGACACUGUUUUCCUAAGACUGUUUUCCUAAGAAUCACUGGAUUCCUAUGGUACAAGCAUGGAAGUGGUCUUGCAUUAUCGACCACAUCAGAGAGAUGUAAUAAAACUGCAGAAAUUUGCAGAAGCAGCAGUGAAGGAGUUUCCAAUUCGUCAGUUACCAAGAUUUGCACCCUGGUUUCCAAAUGAUUUAUACAGACUUCCCCUCAAACCAAAAAAGCGGGCACCUGUUAUUUCUCGUGAGGAAGCAGAAGAAUUAAAACAUCUUUCUACACCUUCAGAAUAUGUUAUAGGAUCUCCUGAUUACGACUGCACAAAGAAUCUGCUUGACUUUCAGUCUAGCAUGAAACACGGUUCAACUUUAAUCCAAGCACAAGCUGUUCACAGAGCAGUUAACUUGGACUAUCAAGGACAACCACCACCUGAAGGAAAACAAAAGUUGAAAAGGUCUUGGAGUAUCUCUCUCCCUAGCGCUAAACUCAAAGAAAAGAUUCUUCCUUUAUCUCAAGAACUGCAAAAUAAUUUGGAAAGACUAAAACUGCAUGCAUUUUAUAGAGCAAAGUGGACAAUUGAACAAUCUAUUUGUAAUAAUGAGAAUUUGGAGGACAUCUGGAUAAAAUUGAAUAGACUCAUCAAGGAGAAUGAAUUGCCCUCUUGCAAUGCUACUAUCCGAAGAUCUGUGGGACAGAUAUGGAUAUUCUGUGAUAUAUUAUACUGUGAAUAUGUUAGAAAUAUUCUUAGGGAAAAGCUAAGCCUUACAGAUAAAAUGAAUUUGCUUGUACAUAAAUAUGGAAUUAUAUUUAGUUUAUAAUUUAAGAUACAGUUUAAUAAUAAAAUUACUGUCUAGAGUACUGGAGUUUUUAAGCAGUUUAGAAUAUAUAGACUUUAGAACAACUGAUGAAUUAAUAAGCAAAAACCUACUUAUAUUACUUUGCUACAGUUUUCUAACUAAUGAUAUAUUUCUUUAACUUUGUUUUGCCUGAAAACUUAUGGUUCAAUUAAGAUUAGUAAGUUUCUGUUUGGCUUAGUACUGCAUUUUGUAGCUUUUCUUUCCCUUGGUGGUCUAAAAGAAAAAAUUUAAAGCAGAAUUUCCAGGCUGUUUUGGCAAGCUGUGUCAGAUAAUAAAAUCUAUGCUUUCAGCUGAACAAAGUACAUCCUUUCUGCUUCUUUGAAAUUAGGAGAAGGAAAAGUGUUUUUAAAUGAGUUGUAAUAAUUGCUAUUAUAUCUCUAAUUACUUUUGACAUUAAGAGUUUCAAGAUCUGAUUAUUUCUUGAAAGUAAGGUGUGCGAGAAUCUUUUUUAAUGAAGGCAUAUCCCUUGCAUGAAGCACAAACUUAUUUUAUGUGGCAUGAAUGCGCUUUAUUAGUAAUGUUAGCUGUAUUUUCACUGAAAUACUAAUGAUAGCUUCAGUAGAAAUUGUGUGCUGAAAAAUAUGAACAAUUUAAUAAUUGCUGGUUUACAGCUUUGGUAAUAAGAUUAUUUUUUCCUGAUGUUUCUGUUGUUUUGUCUCUAAUUAUAUUGGGGAACAAGACAGCAGUGGUGAGCACUAGAAAGCACUUCCAGCUACAAGUGAGGAAAUUAAGAAAUGAGACUUCUAUACAUAAACUUCUGUUUGUUGUCAUUAUGGAAGGUAAAGGUCUCUGAGGGUUUAAACAGUCAUAAAAGGUUGAGUUCAUCAUGGCUUUUUGUGACCUGAAAGAAUAAAGUUUUUGAAGGUCAUACUGUCCUUGCUCAAUCGAAUAUUUAGAGGGUCAGUAGAGAAGUUAAACUGGGAUUGAUAUGACUGCAAGGUAUGCAUUUCUCUUAGGCACUUCCACUGACUCUAAAUAGUUUUGCUCUAGCUGGAGAUCCAGGUCUAUGGCAUCUGGAAAAGGAGGAAAACAAAUGUAUUUGCAGAUUGUUAGAUUAUCAUUAAUGCUAAUCAAAUAAAAGUGCGCAUAAGCUUAACAGAUCCCUCUGUGUAAAAAUAAGUAAACUCCCCUUGGACUUUUACUUACAUUUUUAUGACAUCCUUAUGUUGAAUAAUUAUAUUUUAUUAUAGGCAUUGCAUUUUUUUAAAUAUUAAAAUUAAAGAUAUUGCUCAGUUUGGGUGAUUGGCAUGUAUUUUUGAACUCUGACUGAAUUUUAAGGGGGUCUUAUAUUGACAUUUGGGGUGUUUGUGCCAUUUAAUAUGACCACUUAGCAAAAUUAGUGCAAAAUACUCUCUAGUGUAACUGCGGGUCGUUAUUGGUUUUGUAGCUUCUACAGCCAAAUUAUUUCACUGAAAUUAUAUUUCUGAAUUUAACAUUAAUAGUAGCAAAGUUUCUUUGUGUAUCAGCAUUUUUGAAGAUAUAAUGGAGGAGAAUGCAAUGUGAUUUGAAUUUUAUUUGAUGUUGUAUUUUGUGUCUGGGAUCUUAGAAGAAAAGUGCUGAGACCUUGUCCUGCAAAGAUACUGUAUUUUCUAAUAUUAAUUUGGUAGUCUUAUUAAAUAAAAUAAUAUACCUAUAGUAGUUUUUCUCUGUUUUGACUUCAUUCUGUGAUGUAUUUAUUUAUUACCUGAAACAUGACUAAACUUUCUUUAGAAAUAGUCAGCAACUACUAGUUUAUACAGUUUUAGUGUAAAUUUGAAUAAAAUUAAAUAAUGCCAAUAAUAUAGUCCCACUAUAUUUAUUUGAUAUACUGGCGAAAGAGCUAAAUAAGCAUCUUACUAAACAGAAGGAGGGAUCACUGUCACUGCGGCUGUCAGCUUUCUUCUGCUGCUUUGGUUGGCUUAUAUGUGAAUAAUUGAUAGAUGCUCUUCUAGCUAUGAGCACCUGAGCUGGGUAACUGUCAUGUAAAGAGCGAAUACCACCUGAGGCUGCCCUACAGAAUUGUUACAGUCUUGAGUAGCACCAGUGUACCAGCUGAAAUCCAGGCUUUCAUUUUGUUCUGUUCAAGAAAUGCUUAGUUCAUAUGCAUGUACAAUUCAGUGUUUUAUGUUUUUCAUUUUCAAUGUUGAAUGUGGUUUUCCAUUUACUCUGUUUUAUAUAUCUUUUUAAUAUGCCUCAUGGUUUUAAACCUUCAGAAGUCAUAUUUUUCCACUUUUCACCAUAACAAGGAGAAAAUGUUACCUUUUUAUGUGAAAAGUGAGAAUUGUUUGUGUCGAUGCUAACUUGCAUAGGUCUGCUGUAUGGUAGUCUAAGUUCUUGUGAACCAACACAGCCCAUUGUACUCAAAUGUAUAUCGAAGUAAUUGAAUACUUUACACCACUGGAAACAGUGAAUGCUGUCUGGAUAUAUAAAUUGUAGAAAAGUGCAAUAAAAGUAAAGCCGCAAUACA